AUGCUUCCCUACGAGAAGAUUACACCUUUACUCUCGGGAGCUACAGCAGGUCUCUGCGUAGAUUUAGCCCUUUAUCCUCUGGAUACCAUAAAAACGCGUCUGCAAAGUAUGGUUCAUUCUGUUAAACCAUCAGGUGGAUUUCAUCUCUUUGCCGGCCUUCCCGCUGUACUUUUCGGUUCCGCUCCGAGUGCGGCCCUAUUUUUCUGUGCCUAUGAGAUGACAAAGAAUCGAACUUCCUCGGAGAACAUUCCACCGUGGUUUCCACCCAUGAUAGCAGCUUGUGUCGGUGAAAUUUUUGCUUGUGUUAUCCGCGUUCCUUGUGAAACAAUCAAACAGCGAGCUCAGGCUCACCCUCAUCUAGGCAUUGCUGGUAUUUUUUCCAAUGCUCUUCGUAGUGAGGGUCUUGCAGGAUUGUAUCGUGGAUAUCUCAGUACCAUCUUUCGUGAACUCCCUUUCUCCCUCAUCCAGUACCCCAUUUGGGAAGCGCUCAAGUUUUCCAUGCAGCGUUACAAUCAACGCGGAAACAGUGGUCUUGGGGAAGGCGAACUCUCGAAGGGACAAUUUGCUCUGUGUGGAGGUCUUGCGGGGGCAUUUGCCGGUGCCUGCACAACCCCCCUCGAUGUCAUCAAAACGCGCAUCAUGCUCGCCGAUAGAAGAAGCGCCUAUUCAACAAGCAACGUGUUCACUGUGAUGCGACUAGUCUACGCCGAGUCUGGUAUCCGGGGCCUCUUCGCUGGUUUGGUACCCAGAGUGAGCAUGCUGGCCAUAGGUGGAUCGAUAUUCCUCGGUCUCUAUGACAUCACCAAGUCUUUCUGGCUUCGCGCCUUUGAAAGGCGGUGA